AUGGACAAGAGAGUGAGAAAUUUAUCUCUGAAAGAAAAGUUUGACGUUGUCAAAAUGAUCACUGAAGAGAAAAAGACUGUCAAGGAAGCUGUAAUUAAGUUCAAGUGUGGCAAAACACAAAUUUACUCAAUUAUGAAAGAAAAGGAUAAAAUAAUUGAAAAAUACAUGAGUAGCACCAACAUAAAUGUCAAAAAAGAAAGGGAUGGAAAUUAUGCAGAAAUCAACAAAUCUGUUUUUGAGUGGUUUCUUCAAGCCUCUGCCAAAAAUGUUCCCAUUUCAGGACCUAUCCUACAAGCAAAGGCAAAGGAAACGGCAAAAUUUUUAAAAGUUGAUGGGUUCUCAGCAUCUAAUGGGUGGCUACAGAGCUUUAAAAAAAAACAUGGAAUCACUUACCAUGUAGCUUGUGAGGAGUCAAAUGAGGUUGACAAAGACGUUCAGAACUGGUUCACAAAAUUAAGAGAGAUCAUAAGGGGGUAUGAUCCUAAAGACAUCGCGAACGCUGAUGAAACUGCUCUGUUUUACAGGGCAAUGCCUAAUAGGACCCUGAAAAUGAAGGGGGAAAAAUGCUCGCAGAGUCAGUUUUCAAAAGAGCGGCUCACCAUCCUCUUGACCACAUUUGCAGAUGGGACAUUUGAGAAACCAUGGGUAAUUGGAAAGAGCGAGAAACCUCGGUGCUUCAAGAAUAUUGAAAUUAAUCAGCUUUCAGUAGAAUGGAAAUGGAAUAAAAAAGCUUGGAUGACAGGCACAAUUUAUGAAGAAUUUUUAAAUAAACUUAACAAUAGCAUGAAAAAACAAAAUCGAAGCAUUCUUUUGUUCAUUGACAAAGCUACUUGUCAUAGGUUACUGCCACUGUCCAAUAUUAAGUUAAUAUUUUUUCCACCAUCCACAACAUCAGUCCUACAACCUCUGGAUAAUGGCAUUAUCCAAAAUAUUAAAAUAAACUACAGGAAGCUUUUGCUUCAAAAAGUGAUUGCCAACAUUGAGAUGUGCAAGAUGGCAUCAGAGAUGUCAGGGAAAAUUGAUGUCCUUGAUGCAAUUUCAUUCCUUAAGCGAUCAGUCAAAAUGAUUAAGGAAGAAACUGUAAGAAAAUGCUUUAAGAACUGUGGUUUCUUAUUUGGCAGUGGUGACAGUAUACAAAACGAAACAGUUAUUGAGCCUGAUAACAUCAUGCAGAUUCAGGAUGCAAUAAAUGACAUUUAUAGUGGUGUUUCAGAAAAUAGGGUCAGCGCUGCAUCUUACAUUGAUAUUGACAAAGAAAUUGCCACAGAAAUGGAUGACAUAAACCUGCAAGAAAUUGUGGACUUGCAGUCUAAAGAUGAUGAUGAUGAAGAUGAUGAAGAUCUACCAUUAGAAGAGCCUGAACCUUUAAGUCAAACACAAGUUUUCAGGUAUAUAAAGGCUUUGAAGGAGUUUGGAAAAGUUAAAGAAGACCAAGAAUUUUUUUAUAAGGCUACGGACUUAGAAAUUUGUUUCAAUAAUUUCAUCAAAAAACCAAAACAGACUAAACAGUUGACUUUAGAUGUUUUUAUUAAAAAGUGA